AUGGAACGCUGCGCUGACAUCCAGGUCAAAGAGCUGAACAAGCGGGCAUCAGGUCAGGCGUUUGAGGUCAUCCUGAGCCCCUCCACCCCAGAUGCUAAGGUGGAAUUUCCGUUGUCCCCCAACAAGAAGAGGGAAACAUCCCUUGAUGAGAUUAAGAAGAAACUGGAGGCCGCAGAGGAAAGACGCAGGAGCCAUGAGGCCGAAGUGCUGAAACAUUUAGCAGAGAAACGAGAGCAUGAGAAGGAAGUCAUCCAGAAGGCCAUGGAGGAAAGCUGCAACUUUAGCAAACUGGCUCAGGAGAAGCUCAAUCAGAAGAUGGAGGCCAACAAAGAGAACCGCACCGCUCGGAUGGCAGCUCUGAACGAGAAGUUUAAGGAGAAGGACAAGAAGCUGCAAGAAGUGAGGAAGAACAAGGAGGCAAAGAAAGAUACAGAGAACUAA